UACGAAUUUAUAAACCCUUGGUGGGUAGGGGAAGAUAUAGUGAGAUAUCCCGCCUAAUGAAUCGUAUGUAUCGUUAUCGUGAUUUUUCAAAUUUAAGCUCCUAGGCUAUCUUUCGCGUGUUUCUGUUUAUUUUAACGUUGGUUGGUGUUUUCCUCUUCCAUUGGUCAAUUUCAUCCAACAACGCAUAUCAUCAUCAACUCUGUCUGUGCCACCAAACCCUAAUUCUCCAACUCGAUCAGAUCCCCAAUGUCUUCUCCUUCACCUGAUUCCACAGCUCCUGCUCUCCCUCUCUCCUCCACUAAGGAGAAUAUCACUCCAAUUUCCUCAAAAAUUGCGGAACUUAAUGAAUCAAGAUCCGAGCUUCUCGGUCGAAUUCAGAGUUUGAAACAGGAUUUGCAAGGUUGGAGGUCAAAGUUGGACACACAAGUCAAGGUUUAUCGCGAUGAGCUGUCAGACCUUAAGCAAACACUUAAUGUCGAAGUGGAGCAACUUAGAGCAGAAUUUCAAGAUCUGAGGACCACUCUUCAGCAGCAACAAGAGGAUGUUAAUGCUAGCUUAAGAAACAUUAGGCUUGAGGAUGUCUCAGCAGAUGCAAAGCAAGCUCAGUCACAAGAAACUAAGAUUGAAGAAAUUGUCAAGGAAGAGCAGCCAGUAUUACCAAAGGAGGAGAAUGCCAAAGUAGCUGAAAAUUAAGCAGCGUUUUGUUUGGGGUAUUUGCUACUAGCAAUGUAUACCCUAAAAAACUUAAUGACUUCAUGUGUGUUUGUAUUAGUAGGCAUAUGUAGUUUUAUGUUCUGUUUGAUUAGUACUGUUGAGUACAACAAUACAUGACUCAAGUAGAUCAAUGAUAAAACUUUCCUGUUACCCUUUGUGUUCAA